GUCAUUUCAUUUUAUUUGUGUUUGGGCUGUGAUACUGUCCGGUUGCCCAAACAGAGGUUAUCCGAUGUCACUACUUUAACUACCCGGUUUCCCUUACUGAAGUUAGUACAAAAGAAGUAGAAUUUUAAGGACUGUCACUUAUUAUUAUAAGCUAAGUGGUUUGAUUAUUUGGUUACCACUACUCUACUGUGUGGGUUGUUAAUAUUAACUGAUACACUUAAGUUCAGUGUUUGAUAUUUAUGGUUAGUUGAUAAAAAUUCUUGUGUCAUUCGUCAUCAUGGAGUGUAUAACAAUACCGUCCCAUUCAUUGAUAUUAACUGUAGGAGGUUUCAUUACGGAAAAUCUAUCAGAGGUCUUGAUUAGAAUACCUAGCAUGUUAGAUCCUUUAAUGAUAUUCCCAUAACUUUCGGAUUGCCUUUUUUCCUAAGGGCGAUGGCACAGUGGAUAAUGCUAUUUUUGUGUGCUAGGUUCGGAGUCGAUUGUAUGCUCAAUGUAUGCACUACUUAUUAUUGUUCCAAUCCAAAGUUUGAACCUCACUUCAUUCAUUUCAAUUUGGACAGUAGGGUAAUACUAUUGUCUCACACAUAUUGUCUUGUGACUCAAUGCCGUGUACAUAAACCUGUACUUAAUAUGUGUCACAUAGUCAUGGUAUUUCAAAUAUCCUUUAGUGAAUAAUCUCUUCGCAAAUAAAAUUUGAACUCAGAAUCUUUCAUGCGUUUUACAAUUUUGUUAUUAUAAAUAUCAUUAGUCUUUUCUCGAUUUAAUAUGUUUUACAUGUUUAUUUAAAUCUUGAAUGAGUAAAAGUCAUUCAAAUUUAUCUUUACUUUAAAAAUGAUCUCAACUGAGAAAUAGAUUUUCAUGAAUACAUUCAACCAGUGGUAUAUGAUUUUAUUUGGUUAUCUUGAUUUCUGUCAUUUAAUUUGAUUGACCGACUUGUUAAGUAAUGACAAAGUUUAGGGUUAAGAUUUUUAUCGUUGAACGUGUAGCACAUCUGCUUUUCAAUGUUUAAUAUGUAUUCAAUAUCUAGCAUUUUUCUGUUCAUUUAGUGAGUGAAUGCUGCACAUGAAAUCAUAAUUUUCACUGAUGAUUUCAUCUUAAGCUGUUACCUUCAUUGGAUUCGCUGUUUUUCAUUUGAAAAUUUGAGAUGUGCUACAGUGUCAUGUUUAUAGAAGGUAUAUAUAGAUUACUUUAGAUUAUUGAAAUAAAAUCACUAGUGAAAACUACAUUCUUAUAAGCAGUACUGACCCAUUGAAUGAAUGGGGAAAAUACUACAGAACAUUAGAUAUUGCAUUUUUAUUAAACAGUGAAAAAGUAUGAUUAUCCUCACACCAAUGUAAUCCUGAAAAGUCAGUGUUUAAUUGUUUAUUAUAAAUUAUAACCUUCUAGAUAUCAGUGUAUAUAUUUUGAUAUAAAAAAAGCGACACCAAGGUCUAAAACAUAGUUUACAUCUAAUGAAUAAUAAUAGGCACUAAUAACCUAUAUUAUUUACCUAAAAUCAUCUUUAUCAGUAAUGAAACAAUCAGUUUAUGAUCACCUAAGUCUUACAUCAUUCUCCCCAUUCUUAGUUUCAUUUUAUCAUUUAUCACCCGUUAUUCUCAAGUGUGUAUACAGAGUUCAUUGUGGUCACUGUUAUUGCGUCAUUUCGAUCAUUAUCUACAUCGUAAACACCAUUCAUCAUUAUAUCAUUAUUAUUUAUUCUUGUCUAAAGUUUUUGUGUCUAUCACCUACCAUGAAACAUUCAAUUAUUAGUAGUAUAUAUAUAUAUUUCCUUUAUUUAAUGUUCAUUAUUUACUUAUGCCUCUGUUAUCAUCAUCGUCAUCAUCAUCUUCAUUCUCAUCAACAAAAAGGACUAUCAGAAUUUUGCUUCUUUUAUUUUUAUCAUCCUUCCCAUUUGUUUGAUUGUCUGUUUGAUGAUGUUUGAUUAUGAUCGGGAUAUGAAUGUUGAUAUCUAAUUGAACGUGGUGGCUGGCUCGCGUACUAAUUAUUGUUUGAUUUGUUCAUUGUGUGUCUGUUCUUGUUGUGUAUUAUCGCUUGCAUGUUUGUAUGUACUGAUUUGUAUUUAAAUUGUUGAAUGUAUUUGUGUGUGUAUGUGUUUGUUCAUGAAUGAAUGCUUGUACAUAUGUCCAUGGUCCACUACUCUCAGGUACAACAGAACGUGUUUGCCUAAUUAUUGGAUCGUUCGAUGGUGUCAUUACUGUACAUAAUUAUAUAAUGGAUCGAAUCAUGGAAAAACCUGAUCCUAAUCCAAAUACAACUGGAGAAGGCAGACUGAAUGUUGAACGUCAUAAGCAGGUGAAAAUUCUUGUACCGAAUAGUACAGCUGGUAUGGUUAUAGGGAAAGGUGGAUCAUAUAUUCAAGAGAUCAAAGAGAAAACUGGUGCAUAUGUGCAAAUUUCACAAAAAUCUCGUGAAUUCAAUCUCUUAGAACGAUGCAUUGUUGUUGCCGGUGAAUUAGAUCAAGCACGCGCUGCUGUUCAUUUAAUUUUAAAUGUUAUUGCUACAGAUCCACAAUCAGCUAGUUGUCCAAAUCUUUCAUAUCAUGAUAUUCAAGGACCAGUAGCUAGUGUUUAUCCAACUGGUUCACCAUAUGCAACACCGAUUAUUCCUUAUUUAACAGGUUCGACUAUUUUAUCUAAUCCAUCAAUUGAUACAAAUUCUGCUUCUGCUACAGCAGCAGCGGCCGCUGCCGCUGCAGCGGCAACUAUGAUGGCAGCAGCUGUAGCAUUUACACCUGGUCCAUCAUCACAACCAACCACAUCAUCAUUUAUUUCUUCACCAGGUGGUAGUACUACAUUUGGAUUUUUUCCACCGAAUUUUCAAUCAACACCAGAUAUUGCAACAAUUGCAGCGUUAACAUCAAAUCCUGCAGCUACUGGUGGAUCAAUCGUUUUGCCGUCUAUACUGCCUAACACUGGUAAUGAUAGAACUCUAUGUAGUAAUUUGUCAGGAGAUUUAUUUUCACAAACUGUUGGUGUGGGUGGUAGUAGUUCACCAUGGUCAAAUAUUUCAGGACGAACUGGAUUCGAUGUAAUAGUGCCUGAUCUUAAUGCUGCUUCUGCAUUAACAACAGUAUCAGUUGCACAAGAACCUUUAACUGGAUCUUUUAUAUCACCUAAACCACAAGAUUCUCAGUCAAGUCGUUCUGCAUUAUCGCCUCCAGUAUACUUUCCUUCAUCUUCAUUUAUUCCAGCACCACUUCGAAUGUCUCCUACAGCUUUAUUUGGUUAUCCAACAAUUGGUUAUGGAAAUCCUCCACCUGUACAACAUAGUCAUUUAACAUCAACUCGAGGUAUACAACCAAUACCUUUAACUGAAACUAGUUCAUCAUCAAUUUGCAGCAAUUCAUCAAAUUUACCAUCAUUAUUUACAUCACCAACUGGAUUAACUGCUAAUAUUGCUACAUUAGCUGCUCUUUCCGCUGCGAUUACAGUAUCUGGUGUACCAACUGUAACAAAUACAAUUACAACAAAUGUAACAAUUAAUUGUACAAAAUCUUUACCAAUUCUUUCAAAUCCUAAUCCACUUGGAACUGGUUCAACUGGUGCUUUAUUUAAUUUAUUACCUUGUUCUCAGUUAUCAUCAUUUAAUGUUACACCAAUUGUACCACAUGUAGUUGUAUCGAAUGAUUCAAUUACAAUGUCAAUACCUAAUUUAUCAUCAAAUCCAUUUUUAUUAUCACUUACAGAAAGUGAUAUAAAUCAACCUAAUAUACAACAACAAUCAUCUUUAGCUCCAAGUAUAAAUUCAUCGGCACAAGUUACCGCUUUACCAUCUUCAUCAACAUUAAUUGGAUUUCAUGGAUUACAAUAUAAUUCAGGAUCAAAUAUCAUUACACCUAUGGGAAAUUAUGUUGCAUACAGACGUGUUAUAUCUGUUCCAGAAAGUGUAAUCAAUAUAAUCCUUGGUCAUCAAGGUCGAUCUAUUAUGGAUUUACAAUUAUUUACUGGUACUGCCAUACAAAUAUCUCAGAAAAGCACUUAUUUAUCUGGUACACAAUAUCGUACUGUCACAAUAAUUGGACCACAAGUCAAUGUACAAUCAGCAGCUGAUGUAAUUGAGCAUAUAGCAAUUAUUGAGCAUAUGAAACGAGAAUCUGGUUCAUAUCAACAACAUUCAUUGUCGUUAUCACUUCCUGGUAAUGGUAGUAGUACUAGCACUGUUGGGCGUCCAUGUAAUGUUAGUGGCGGUCAACUAAAUUCGGAUUAUUUUAUACACUCUGGAAUAUCACAUCCAUUCACAUCAUCGACAUCAUUUUCAUCAUCUUGCAUUAAAGGAAAUUAUCCAGAAUGUCAGUCAACAUGUUCAGCAUCGAAUACUGGUAUAUCAUGUCCGAUAAGUAUGAUUAGCUCACUUCCUUUGACUACUUGUAUAACUACUGUUAAUACUGCCAAUAGUACUAGUGGUAGUAAUAUUAUUAUUACUGGUUUGUCUUUUCCGUCAUCGUCUUGUGAUACUGCUGCUUCUGCUUCAAGAAGAUCUGGAGGAGGGAGUGCUGGUGUUAGUGGUUCUGGCGAUUCACUGUCUUUUCAAAGUUCAAUCGACUCAGUAUCUAUGUCUGUAACUAAACGUGAUGAAACAAAGUAGUUUAUUAAUAAUAAUACUAUCGAAUCAUUAGAACUUAACAAAAUAGUUCUAUCACGAUUAACACUACUUAUAAUCGUAGUAGUAGUAAUUACUGUUGUAGAGUAUUAGAAGUAGUUUGUUUUUUUUAAAGAAUAACAGUUAACACCGGUGGAAUGUUAAUAACAUAAAGCUAGACGAUCCGAAUUGAAUUGAUAAACUAAAUCACACACACACACACAAUUUAUAUGGUUUCAGCUUUACACUCUAUUCGUCUUUCAAUGAACACAAAAAGAAAA